AGUUCAUCUAUUUUCAUAACUCACAAGCUUGGAGAAAAACAAGUCCCUUCUUAUCUUUGCAGAGAGAAUAGAGAAAGAACAUCCAAUGGAAGGCUACAAGAAUGCUUCUAAACACAUAGCAGUGUUGGCUUUCCCUUUCGGCACCCAUGCGGCCCCUCUUCUCAACAUUACCCGUCAACUAUCAGACGCUUGCCCCGACACCAUGUUUUCCUUCCUUAGCACCCAACAAUCAAACAACUCAACUUUUAGCAAAAACCAUGAUAAAAUUAAGCCUUUUAAUGUAUGGGAUGGAUUACCUGAGGGGUAUAGCUUUAGAGGGAAUCCUCAUGAGCCCGUCGAUUAUUUCCUUAAGGCAGUUCCUGGGAGUUUUAUAAAGGCUAUAGAUGCUGUUGUGUCUGAAACUGGUAAACCAGUUGAUUGUUUGAUAACAGAUGCAUUUUAUGCAUUUGGGGCUGAUAUCGCGGACGAGCUGAAUAUUCCUUGGGUGGCGGUUUGGAUGUCUGGCCCUAGGGCACUCUUCCUUCAUCUCCAGACCGAUGUUAUUCGCCAGCAUGUAGGAAUUAACAAUCCGGAAGACAAACCACUUGAUUUUCCUGAAUUUUCUGGCUUUCGUGUUACUGACUUACCUAAUGGAAUAGCCUCUGGAGACAUUGAUGCCCCCAUGCCAGCAUUGUUGCAUAAAAUCGGAGUGUCACUGUCACGCGCCACGGCAAUUGUCGCAAAUUCAUACGAAGAGUUAGAUAAUACAGUGGUGAACAUGCUGAAAUUAAGAUUCAGUAUGUUCCUCAACGUUGGUCCCUUCACUUUGGUAUCAAUUUCUAGUUCCACAGUGGAUGACUCGCAUGGGUGCUUGGAUUGGGUAAGCAAGCAUGAGGCAGCAUCGGUGGUAUACAUCAGCUUUGGAAGCUUGAUAACCCCACCACCCCAUGAGCUACAAGCAUUAUGUGAAGCCCUGGAGGAAUGUGAGUUUCCAUUUCUUUGGUCUUUGAAGGGAAAUCCUGAGAAACAACUGCCACAAGGAUUCCUGGAAAGAACUAGCUCCAAAGGAAAGAUAGUUCCAUGGGCUCCUCAGCAACAAAUAUUGGAACAUCCAUCAGUUGGGGUUUUUGUAAGUCAUGGCGGAUGGAAUUCAGUCCUGGAAAGUAUUAAUGGAGGUGUGCCUAUGAUCUGCAGGCCAUUUUUUGGAGACCAACAAUUGAACACUCGUACUGUGGAGGUUGUAUGGGGAUUUGCGUUGGGCUUAGAAGGUGGAACAUUGACAAAAGGAGGAGCAAAGAAAGCAUUGAAGUUGAUAUUGUGCAGCCAAGAAGGGAAGAAAAUGAGAGAGAAAAUUAGAGUUCAAAAAGAGCUGGUUUGCAAGGCUGUUAAACCCAAUGGUAGUUCUAUUGAAGAUUUCAAAACACUGGUGAAACUUCUCCAACACUUACCACCAAGUUGAUUGAACCAAGUACACAAAACAAGUAAACACAAGUGCUAGGAUGAUAAAGUUGUUAGGGAUUUAUGUCAUGUCGAGAAUUAAAGAUGAACAUCAUUUGAGGUUCUCUCCCAAAGCACAUUUGGCUUCCUAUUUGUGUUUUUUCUUUUCGGUGUAGUUUUGGUAUCGUUUGCCAAUUUGUUGUCCUCGUCUUUAUCUAAUUUAAAUAAAAUUGUCAAAUGGUUUGAGCAAAAACCACAAGGUUGGUAAUUGCGGACCAAGCCUUAUCCA